GUUUUAGUUUCGUUACAACACUGCAGCAAAGAAGCGGUGUUUCUUCCAUCAAAAACGAAGCCGCCCAAUCCGAAAACAACCAUAAUCAUCCUGCAAUUGAUUUUCUGGUCGCAGCAAAAUCCAAAUUCAGGUAAACAAUGAUAUCAGCGAUAUCAUGGGUCCCCAAAGGGGUUUCAAAGCCUGUGCCUGAUGUGGCUGAGCCGCCUUCCAAGGAGGAAAUUGAAGAACUGAUUAAGAGUGGAGCUCUGCAGCAAAGUGAGGAUGGUGGCAGUGAGGAUGGAGAUGAUUCUAUGAAUGUUGAGGAUGAGAAGGAGAAUGAUCAAGUGGCUCAUGCAGUAGCUGUAGCUGAAGCAAUUGGCAGUACUUCCAAGAACAAGUCAGGGAGCCAAUUGGAAGAUGUUACUGAUGGCUUGAAGGAACUUGACAUGGACCAUUAUGAUGAAGAGGAUGAUGGUAUUGAACUAUUUAGCUCAGGGCUUGGUGACCUUUACUACCCAAGUAAUGAGAUGGACCCAUAUCUAAAUGAUAAGAAUGAUGAUGAUGACUCAGAAGAUCUUGAUGACAUGGCCAUUAAACCAAUGGAUGCUGUCAUUGUCUGUGCACGGAAUGAAGAUGAUGUCAGCCAUCUUGAGGUUUAUAUCUAUGAGGAAACGGAUGAAGUUGAUUCAAAUAUGUAUGUGCAUCAUGAUAUUAUCCUCUCAGCUUUUCCCCUUUGCACAGCAUGGCUUGACUGCCCAAUUAAGGGGGGAGAAAAAGGGAAUUUCAUAGCUGUUGGCUCUAUGGAACCUUCCAUUGAAAUAUGGGAUCUUGACGUUGUUGAUGAAGUACAACCAUGCAUGAUUUUAGGUGGUGCUGACGAAAAGAAGAAUAAGAAAGGAAAGAAAAAAUUAAAAUACAAGGAAGGUAGUCAUACUGGUGCAGUACUUGGUCUCGCUUGGAACAAGGAGUACAGGAAUAUACUGGCAAGUGCAAGUGCUGACAAACAAGUUAAGAUAUGGGAUGUGGCUGCUGGAAAAUGUGACAUUACCAUGGAACAUCAUCAGGACAAGGUGCAAGCAGUUGCUUGGAACCAUCAUGUGCCACAAGUUCUUCUUAGUGGAUCUUUUGAUCGUUCUGUUGUCAUGAAGGAUGGAAGGGUACCUUCUCAUUCUGGUUUUAGGUGGUCAGUCAUGGCUGAUGUUGAAAGCUUAACAUGGGAUCCACAUACGGAGCACUCUUUUGUGGUGAGUCUUGAAGAUGGUACAGUGAGAGGUUAUGAUAUCCGAGCUGCCAAGUCUGAUCAAUCUUCCGAGUCCCAACCAAGUUUUACUCUCCAUGCACAUGACAAAGCUGUUUGCACAGUAUCGUAUAAUCCUGUAGCACCAAAUCUUCUUGCAACUGGAUCAACAGAUAAAAUGGUAAAGCUUUGGGAUUUGUCAAACAACCAACCAUCAUGCGUCGCAUCCCAGAAUCCUAAAGCAGGAGCCGUCUUCUCCGUUUCCUUCUCAGGGGACAACCCCUUUUUGCUAGCUAUUGGGGGCUCAAAGGGGAAGUUACAAGUUUGGGAUACAUUAUCCGAUGCAACAGUUUCACGUAAGUUUGGGAACUAUAGCCAGCACAACAAACCCAAGGCUUAGUGUAGAAAGGCGUAUCAUGGUUCUUGUUUCUUUAUGGUUUGGGCGGGCUGGGAUGCCCUACGUCGGCUUGCUUGUAACUCAAGAGUUACUCAAGACUAAUCCCUCGGGCAAUUUGAAGGGCGCAUUCAUUGUUUUGGUUUCUAUAUGUGCUUGUAUUUAACGGAGAAUUAGUGCAUUGCUUGCAUUGCAAGUAGUGUUCUCACAGUUUUGGAAUCAUAUCAUAGUGGAUCGCUAGAAUUACAUUUUUUUAUUUUUUUCAUUUUAAUCAUAAACGUAGUGGUUUCUUGUACCCUGAAUGCAUUGACAAACGAAUGAACCCAUAAAUUGAUG